UCGUCUAAUUGAUGGUGGUGUGUUUCUUCCCGAAGUUUUGAGGCGUUUUUUUUUGUGUGUGUGUGUGUGUGUGUUUGGUUUUUCACCGUUUCUUGCUGUCGGGAAUUGAACCGACAUGGGAGCUUGUUUGGCUAUAAGUUCUCUUGCCAGCUGUGCAUCGUGUUUGUGUGGCUCGGCCCCUUGUCUCCUGUCAUCAUGCUGCCCGUCGACGUACAACUCCACCAUGACCCGCCUGGCCUUCUCCUUCCUCCUGCUGCUCGGAACCAUGGUGUCUGUCAUCAUGAUUCUUCCAGGCAUGGAGGAACACCUUAAAAAGAUUCCAGGUUUUUGUGUGGGCGGGACCACCAUUCCCUUCUCAGAGAACAAAGUGAACUGUGACAUCAUUGUUGGCUACAAGUCGGUGUACCGUAUGUGCUUCGCCAUGGCCUGCUUCUUCUUCCUCUUCGCCGUCAUCAUGAUCCGAGUGCGCAGCAGCAAGGACCCUCGAGCCGCCAUCCAAAACGGUUUCUGGUUUUUCAAGUUCCUGGUGCUGGUUGGCAUCACUGUCGGUGCGUUCUUCAUUCCAGAUGGGACCUUUAAUUCAGUGUGGUAUUACUUUGGUAUGGUGGGUUCUUUCAUCUUCAUUGUCAUCCAGCUCAUCCUGCUGGUGGACUUUGCCCAUUCCUGGAACCAGUCCUGGCUGGAGAAGGCAGAGGAUGGAAACCCAAAGUGCUGGUACACAGCUCUACUCUUCUUCACCAUUAUCCACUACGCUUUGGCCAUUGCCGGUGUCGUGCUUUUGUAUGUAUUUUACACUCUGCCUGAUGACUGCACAGAGCACAAGGUCUUCAUCAGCCUCAACCUCAUAUUCUGUAUCAUUGUGUCCAUUGUGUCCAUCCUGCCUAAAGUCCAGGAGGCUCAGCCAACCUCAGGUCUGCUCCAAGCUUCCCUCAUCUCCCUCUACACUAUGUACGUCACCUGGUCAGCCAUAACCAACAACGCCAAUCGUAAGUGUAACCCCAGCCUGUUGAGUCUGGUGAGUGGUACCACUCCAGUUCCACCUUUAGGACCAGUUCCCAGUCAACCUACAACAACCACCCAAUGGUGGGAUGCACAGGGCAUCGUGGGACUGCUCAUAUUCCUCUUCUGCACUCUUUAUGCCAGCAUCCGCUCCUCCAACAACACGCAGGUCAACAGGCUGAUGCAGACGGAGGAGGGGCGGGGUCUGACCAUCGCAGAGGAGGCUGAACCCGGAGAGGAUGGUGUCCGACGUGCUGUGGACAACGAGGAGGACGGAGUGACUUACAGCUACUGCUUCUUCCACCUCUGCCUCUGCCUGGCCUCCGUCUACAUCAUGAUGACUCUCACCAACUGGUACCAACCUGACAGCAACUAUGAGGCCAUGCAGACCUCCAUGCCGGCCGUCUGGGUGAAGAUCUGCUCCAGCUGGCUCGGCUUGCUCAUCUACCUUUGGACCCUGGUCGCCCCGCUGAUCUUCCCCGACAGAGACUUCAGCUGAGCAGUGUCUCUGUCGGUGACCGCUCACCUUUUCCUGUUUCUGCAUCGCUUCAACAAGAUCGCAACAUUUGAUUCAGAUUUAAAAUCAGAUAUUGAGAGAGUUCAAAUGCUUCAUUUAGUAUCGCCUGGUGUUACUGACUUUAUAAUGUAUUUAUAUGUUUGCCUGGUUUGGAUUUUGCAGUAGUGGGGGAUUGUGGUUGGAAUGUACUUUAAUCCUGUGUUCCCGGUUUAAAGCUACCGUAUGUAAGAUUUAGUGUCAUCUAGAAUUGAGUUUGCAGAAUGCAUUAUGCCAUUACUUAUAUUGUUCCUCCUCACGUUUUCACUCCUUUGCCGAUUGUGAUUCGAGCUCUUGUGAUAAACAGGAUGUGAGAUCCUCCGUUUCACAAAGGUGAGGGUUCUCGGACUCGUUAGCUAACAGCCAGUCGACUGUGUGCAGGGGAACAAUCACUGGUUUCUCCUUUGUUCUUCACUCUUCCAGCUGCAGUUUCAAAUGCAAAUGAUGGAGUAAGUUUGUCUGUUUUGGGCUGCUGUAGCAUUAUAGGUCUGCAGUACACCAGUCUCCAGGAGGGGGCGCACUGCCAUGCAGAUACAUCGGGGCUCAAGCUGAACUCAUGAAAAUGCAGGGGUGCGUUGUUGUAGGUAGUUAUCCACUAAUGAGCAGAUGGUUAUGAAUGUGGUACUCUGAUGGUUCUCGAGGACCAGGUUGAGCGCCACUGUGAUAAUAAAGGCCUGUAAAUCCUCCAGCCUGUAACUUUAACUGAUGUCUUCUGUUUAAUUUGAGGACUUACACUAGAACAGGAAAAGACACUUUGGUGAAAUUGAUGUUUGCUUUUCUGUCACUACGUUCACAUUCUGUGUGGAGAAUCAGUAAAAUGUUUUCUGUAUCUCAGAUGACAUACAUUCCUUUUUUUUAAAUUGUGCGUGUUUGUAGUCAAAGUGCCUUAUUAUAGUCUGCCUGAGUUAUUGCUGAGGACAGUUUGUAUUUUUGAUUUCAUUAAUAUCUUACUGAUUUUUAGAGCUGCAAUGACAUUUUGAUAAUCAGUGAAUUGUUUUGCGUUAUUAAAAAAUAUGCAACUGCUCUGAUUUUAGCUUUUUCAAUGUGAAUAUUUUCAGGUUUCAGUUUUGUUUUGUUUUUUAAUCUGUCUGACAGUAAAUUGAAUAUAUUUGGGCUGCAGACAAAAAAAAACUACACACACCAAACAUUUGAAGACCUUAUCUGCAGUUCUUGAUAACGUCUUUUAAUGUUUUAUGGACUUAACAGCUCAUCAUUUAGUUGACAAUCUAAUCGAUCAUUUAUGAAAGUAAAUACUUGCAGUUCUGACUUGAGUGCAGCCAGUAAAACUGGCAGUGCAGAGAAGAGCUCUGCCUGUAGGUGGCACUGUUGGGUUUCAGCUUGGGUUUACACACACACACACACACACAGUGUAUUAUGGGACACAGUUUAUUUCUGCAGUUAUUUUAUGUAUAUUGUACAAAAUAAAUAAAAAUGUCAUC